GGAACAGCCUUCACAGAACAGAUGAUUACAUGGAAUGUUCCCCGUGUUCUACCUCCCCUUGUUCCAACACCACAAAUUACUACCCUUGAUGUUCAAAUGGGAGUUGAUGGCCGCAAGCUUGACCCUGCAACGAUUCAUAGUAGAGAUUAUAAACUGGAUGUCGGUCCCCAGCUAAUCACUGUAAAAAUUCCUGUGGGAGCUGAUGGUGGAUAUUACAAGAGCCAUGUAUUGGACAACACCUAUGUGAUCUCUUACUCUAUUGAACCAAUGCUGGAGCAUACCUGGCAAGAUGGGCCUGAGAAGACCAAGUACACAGUACUUCAUCCAAUAACCACUCCUUUCAUGCCUCGGCCACCAGUUGUCACAAACAACACUGUUCCUAAAGCCAGAGUGUUCAAUGUGACCCUGGGGACAUUCCUGCCUGAUGUGGAGCUGGUCAAAAUUAUAGUUGGACCAGAGACGUUAACUGUGCCAGAAGCCAACCUAAAAGGUUAUAAUGUCCAGGAGCAUGUCUUUCCCAAUGGAUCCAAGACCUACACUCUCCAGGUGCCAUUUGAGGACCCCAAUGUGAAGCAAAAGGUAACUCCUCCAGACACCAGAACCUACAUUCUGCCCCUGACCUACUUGCUGAAUAUAGUGCCAGAGAAUACACCCUUUACUCAUCCUGCUGUAGUUGAAGCCAUUCUCAAAGACAUCAGUAAUCCAUUGCCCUGA